CACUCCUUGAGUUACAAAACCUUUUAGGCAGAAUGGCAGAUCCUAUCCGCUGGGCCCGAUACUGUUGGCAGCGACUGGUAUCUACAGAAGGCAGAGAAGGUAGCAACAGCAGCAAUUCAAGUAACAAGUGCUAUCAAUCAUCAAAAAUCAUCGGCAAACAUAGGAUAGUUAUACCUUGUUUGGGACAUUUUAAGGAAGAGUAUGAAAAGGUAUCAAAGCUGUACAUGAACAACAGAAUACGGACUACUAAGUAUACUGUAUUGAAUUUUAUACCACGGAAUUUAUUUGAACAAUUUCACAGAGUUGCCAACUUAUAUUUCCUGUUUUUAGUAGUUUUAAACUGGGUUCCUAUGGUGGAAGCCUUCCAGAAAGAAAUUACAAUGCUACCUCUGGUGGUAGUACUGACAAUUAUUGCAGUGAAGGAUGGUCUGGAGGAUUACUCAAAAUAUAAAAUGGAUAAACAGAUAAACAACUUACUAACCAAAGUGUAUAGCAGAAAAGAGAAGAAAUACAUGGAUGAGUGCUGGAAAAAUGUCAACGUUGGGGACUUCAUCCGGCUUUCAUGUAAUGAAAUCAUUCCUGCUGACAUGGUGCUGUUAUAUUCUACUGACCUGGAUGGAAUCUGUUAUAUUGAAACAGCAGGUCUUGAUGGAGAAACCAAUCUAAAGCAGAGGCAGGUGGUGAGAGGAUAUUCAGAGCAGGUCUCUGAAAUUGAUCCAGAAAAUUUUUCCAGUAGAAUAGAAUGUGAAAGCCCUAACAAUGACCUCAGUCGAUUCCAAGGCUUUAUUGAGCAUUCAAGCAAGGAACGAGUAGGCCUCAGCAAGGAGAAUUUACUGCUUCGAGGAUGCACAAUAAGAAACACAGAAGCUGUUGUAGGCAUUGUGGUAUAUGCAGGACAUGAAACCAAAGCCUUGCUGAAUAACAGUGGCCCACAUUACAAGCGCAGUAAAUUGGAAAGAAGAGUGAACACUGACAUUCUUUGGUGUGUUCUGCUUCUACUUUUAAUGUGCUUAACUGGGGCGAUAGGCCAUGGAAUUUGGUUAAGUAGGUAUUCGGAAAUACCCUUUUUUAACAUUCCUGAGCCAGAUGGGAAAUCGAUUCCUCCAACAUUAGCAGGGUUCAAUAUGUUUUGGACAAUGAUCAUUUUAUUACAGGUCUUGAUCCCAAUUUCUCUCUAUGUUUCAAUUGAAAUUGUCAAAUUGGGACAAAUUUAUUUAAUCCAGAAUGACAUGGAUUUUUACCAUGAGAAGACAGACUCUACUAUUCAGUGUCGAGCACUGAACAUUGCUGAAGACCUUGGCCAGAUUCAGUAUAUCUUCUCUGACAAGACUGGAACUCUCACUGAAAAUAAGAUGGUUUUUCGAAGGUGCAGCAUUGCAGGACAGGAAUAUUGCCAUGAGGAAAACGCAAAGAGGUUGGAAUCCUAUCAAGAGAUGGAUUCAGAAGAUGAGGAUUUUCCUGAUGGUCAGUGUGGCUCUUUGAGCCUUAUGUCAAAAUGGAGGGGGCACAAGAGCAGAGCAGUGAAUGAACCUUUGAGCAAAAGAUCUUUCAAUCAGUUGCCUUGUGGUAACCCUGCAUUGGGAGGGGAAGAUGAUACCAGUGAUGUUUUUCAUUCACGACAUGUUGCUUUCAGCAGCCGCAUUGAAACAGAUGUUGUACCAGACACACAACUGUUGGAAAAAUUCAGUCAAAUUUCUUCUCGUUCUUAUCCACAAUCAGAAGAAGCCAGCAGUGAGCCAUGUUUGGAGACAAUGUAUAUCACCGACUUCUUCCUUGCUCUGGCCAUCUGUAAUACUGUAGUAGUUUCAGCCCCGAAUCAGCCACAUCAGAAGAUGAGGCUGUCUUCACUGGGUAGGAUGCCUAUUAAAUCCCUUGAGGAAAUCAGGCAGAUGUUCCAGAGGUUGUCGGGCCGGAGACUAAGUUCCUCUCCACUUCCAAGCAUAAAGGAGUCAUCAACUGAAAGCCCAAAUAGUUUUUUGAGCAAACUAUCUGUUUUCAGAAUGAAACUAGCUUCACCUGCUUCAGAUGGGACUGCUCAAAGCGCUGCUGAGCCUCACUGCAGUGACAGCCCAGAAAGCCCCCCACUACCUCAAGAAUUAGAAAUGGAGAAUGUAGCUGCUAGCUAUGAUCACCACGUUUCUGGUUUCUCUCUUAAACAGUCUCCCUUACCUAAACUAUGUUAUGAAGCUGAGAGUCCAGAUGAAGCUGCCCUGGUUCAUGCUGCCAGGGCUUAUAAAUGUAUUUUACAGUCUAGGACUCCUGAUCAAAUAACUGUGGACUUGGCAGGUCUGGGAUCUUUAACAUUUCAGCUUUUGCAUAUCCUGCCUUUUGAUUCAGUGCGAAAAAGGAUGUCAGUGGUGAUUCGGCAUCCAGUCUCCAACAAAGUGGUGGUAUACUCGAAAGGCGCAGACUCGGUCAUGAUGGAUUUGUUGGGAACUGCAUCAGAAGUAGGUUCAGAAAUGGAACAAAAGAAAAUUAAAGAGAAAACUCAGAGGCAUUUGGAUGACUAUGCUAGAAGGGGACUACGCACUUUAUGUAUUGCUAAAAAGGUGAUGAGUGAUGCAGAAUAUGCAGAGUGGUUAAAUCUUCAUUUUUUAGCAGAAACCAGUAUUGACAAUAGGGAGGAGCUGCUGCUUGAAUCUGCCAUCAGGCUUGAGACGAAACUCACCUUGCUCGGUGCCACUGGCAUUGAAGAUCGUCUGCAAGAGGGUGUUCCAGACACAAUACAGGCAUUACGGAAAGCAGGAAUAAAAAUAUGGAUGCUGACAGGCGACAAGAGAGAGACAGCUGUCAACAUUGCCUACGCUUGUAAACUGCUGGAGCCAGAUGACAAAAUCUUCACUCUCAAAUCACAAAGUAGAGAUGCCUGUGCCUUGGUGAUGACUGCAAUUUUAGAAGACAUCCAGAAAACUAAUUCUACCAAAAAAAAAUCCAGUCAGAAACUUCUAAAUUACUCUGCAAGUCCCUCUACUCAGGCUCCAGGGUUCAGUGCAGGCCUGGUUAUUGAUGGAAAGACUUUAGAGCAUGUCCUUCAUGACAAUCUACAGAAUACUUUCCUGGAACUCACAGAAAAAUGUCGGGCUGUAGUCUGCUGCCGAGCUACACCACUGCAGAAGAGUGUCCUGGUCAGACUGGUACGAAGUAAGCUAAAGGCAAUGACGUUAGCUGUAGGUGAUGGUGCCAAUGAUGUCAGUAUGAUCCAGGUGGCUGACGCUGGUGUGGGGAUCUCAGGCCAAGAAGGCAUGCAGGCUGUGAUGGCAAGUGAUUUUGCAGUCUCUCAGUUCAGACACCUAAGAAAGCUGCUGCUUGUCCAUGGUCACUGGUGUUAUACCAGACUUACCAACAUGGUCCUAUACUUCUUCUACAAGAACGUGGCCUAUGUGAACCUCCUGUUCUGGUACCAGUUCUUCUGUGGAUUUUCGGGCACAUCAAUGACUGACUAUUGGAUCUUGAUUUUUUUCAAUCUCCUCUUUACAUCGGUGCCACCCAUCAUCUGUGGUGUCUUGGACAAAGAUGUGUCUGCAGAGAUACUCAUGCAGCUCCCACAGCUGUACGUGACAAGCCAGAAAUCUCUGGCCUACUUGCCUUCAACUUUCUGGAUAACCUUGCUGGAUGCUUUUUACCAAAGUCUCGUUUGCUUUUUUGUGCCUUAUUUUACUUACUAUGGUUCAGACAUAGACAUUUUUUCCUUUGGAAACCCUAUAAACACAGCAGCACUCUUUAUAAUAUUGUUUCACCUGCUCAUUGAGAGUAAGACUGUGACUUGGAUACAUACGACAGUUAUAAUUGGCAGCGUCCUGUUUUACUUUGUCUUCGCUCUGGCUUUUGGGGCAACCUGCAAAACAUGCAAUCCAGCAUCAAAUCCCUACUGGAUCAUGGAAAAGCACAUGGCAGACCCAGUGUUUUACCUAGUUUGUCUUCUGACUACUUGUGUUGCUCUGCUGCCCAGAUACUUGUUGAGAGUUCUCCAAGGGACGUUGUGUCCGUCUCCGGUGUUGAGAGCAAAGCACCUUGACAGACUGACCUCUGAGGAGCAGAGGGAAGCAAUUAAGAGAUGGAAAGAUGACUGCGUUGUGAACUGUGGGACCGAGUUCCAGGCUACUUCUGUGUCUUCCAGCUCAGCCACAGACACUGCAUUGGGGGAAGAAAGCAUUGCUGGUGUUUUGCCAACAUCUAAAACACCUUUUCAGCCCUAUUCCAGAGAUGGGUUAGCAGAGGAAAUCUCCUUCUUACCAGGUGUUCCGGAUGAGUCUGGGAACACAAGCAGCCUGGACUCUGAAAAGGCAGUAUUUCUGAAUUCAUCAAAGGAAACUAAUGCAGACACAUGUGGGGGUCAUAACUCAUGUGCUGAAGUCCGGGUGUGUGUCUGAAGAGGGCAACGGUGCUGUUUCUCUAGCACACAAGGCAGGUCUGAAUGCCGCUUUGUGUGAAUAAGAUGCUUUAAUGCAUUUUAUAAAGUCAGAGUGUUAAUAGCAGGGCUGGUGUGUGCUGCCUCGCAGUUUUGUUCAGAAAAGGUAGAUGGUGCACACGUUUGCUUAAAAGCUUUUGUAUUUAUAAAGUUUUUCAGUAAUUUAUUAAGAUGUUCAAGAUCUAGAUGGCUGAAUUUUUGACUUUUCACACAGCUGACUUUGCAUAGUGCUUAUCUCCAGUAUGCAGCGUUGCAUAACACCUCUUGGUGUUAUGGACCCUGUAUGAAUCUGGAUUUGCAGGAUCCAGUUCAGGUAAGUCCUACCCUCUCAUAAACCACCCUGCUGUCUUGCACUGCUAUCCUAAAAUCCUAGUGUUUCCCAGGAUUCACAGUUUGCUGAAGUAUAAAGUAAGCAGAAAGGCUGGGAUGUGGUGUUACUAGUUGACCUGUUGCAAGACUUCAUAAAACUCUUUCCUCUAAGCUCUGUCUCAUGCCUCUGCUGGAAGAUCCUGUUUUCAGCAGUAGGUAAGUCUGAUCUUCCUUCAGGCCUUCUCUUACAAAUAGCCUGAAGUUAGUGACAUUUUUCUUCACUCCCAGGUGCUCUUAAAGUCCUCCAGACUUUCUUUUAUAAUAAACAGUAUCAGUGUCUGUGAAGGCUGUUCAGAAGAGGAUAGGCUCUAAAUUUGAGCACUGUUGCAUAACUAUCUUGGCAAUGUUCUGCCUCCGCCAGCUUCCCGCUGCUCUGCACACCACACAAAAGCUGGUUGAGGAGCAGGUGGCUGUUUCUGGAGUCUAAACUGUCUAGAAUAUAGCUUCCUUUUUACUUCCACCUCCAAAAAGUUGCAUGGCCAAUUUAGAGAGGAAUUUAAGAAAUCGUUUGUAUCUGCUAGCACCUGUUGAAAUAAACAGUUCUCUUCAAA